GAGAAGCUAUAUAUUAUUAAUUAAUUUAAUAGCAGUCGAAACCAAAUCAAAGGCACUGUACACGGGACAAGACUCCACUGCAUCUUCCUGUCUUCAUUGCGCUGCUAUUGCUGCUGCUACUGUCACUGCCACUGCGCUUGGGCAAAAGGUAAACUAAACUGCAACCUCUCUCUGCUGCUGCUAUUACUUGGCGUUUAACGAGUUAGUUAGUUAGUUAUCUUUGAAGUGUUGGCAUUGAUGAAUUGGUUGGCGGUGGUGAUAGAAUAGAUGGGGAAGGGAAAACCUAGAGCUGUGGAGAAAGGUGUGGUAGGACCUAGUUUGAGUGUAGCAUCCUCAACUAUACCUGCAGGGCCUGUGUAUUACCCUACUGAGGAUGAAUUCAAGGAUCCUUUGGAGUAUAUUUAUAAGAUUAGACCUGAGGCUGAGCCUUAUGGAAUUUGUAAGAUUGUGCCUCCGAAGAGUUGGAAACCCCCUUUUGCUUUGGAUCUAGACGCUUUCACUUUUCCUACCAAGACUCAGGCCAUUCACAAGCUCCAGGCUCGCCCUGCUUCGUGUGACUCCAAGACCUUUGACUUGGAGUACUCUAGGUUUUUGAAGGAUCACUGUAGUAAGAAGUCCAGGAAAAGGGUUGUGUUCGAGGGGGCGGAGCUGGACUUGUGUAAGCUAUUCAAUGCCGUGAAGCGGUAUGGUGGUUAUGAUAAGGUUGUUGAUGGGAAGAAAUGGGGGGAUGUUGCACGGUUUGUGAGGUCCAGUGGCAAGAUUUCGGAUUGUGCUAAGCAUGUUCUGUGUCAGUUGUACCGUGAACACUUGUAUGAUUACGAGAAAUUUUAUAACCAGAUGAAUCAAGGGACAGACCAGAGUUGUAAGAAAAGCUUGUAUGAGGAGCACAAGAGUGAUUGUGGGGUGAAACCUUUGGUGUCAAAGAGGAUUCACAAGAGUAUUGAUUGUUUAAAACGGAAGGAUAGUAAAGUGCAAGGAGAAGAUCAUGAUCAGAUUUGUGAGCAAUGUAAAAGUGGUCUGCAUGGGGAACUGAUGCUUUUGUGUGACAGGUGUGAUAAGGGAUGGCAUACAUAUUGUCUUUCCCCACCGUUGAAGCAAAUUCCAAUGGGUAAUUGGUAUUGUUUCAACUGCUUGAAUUCUGAUCGGGACAGCUUUGGUUUUGUGCCUGGGAAGCACUAUUCAUUGGAAGCUUUUAGACGGAAAGCGGAUCUGUCAAGGAGGAGAUGGUUUGGAUCAGGGCCUGUUUCAAGGGUGCAAAUAGAGAAAAAAUUUUGGGAUAUUGUGGAGGGUUUGGUUGGUGAGGUUGAGGUUAUGUAUGGAAAUGACUUGGAUACAUCUGUUUACGGGAGUGGUUUUCCACGAGUAGCUGAUAAAAAACCAGAAUCAAUUGAUGACAAAUCAUGGGAAGAAUACUCAACUAACCCGUGGAAUCUUAAUAACCUGCCUAAGUUGAAAGGUUCAAUGCUCCGAGCUGUUCAUCACAAUAUCACCGGUGUCAUGGUACCCUGGCUAUAUAUUGGGAUGCUAUUCUCAUCCUUUUGCUGGCAUUUUGAGGAUCACUGCUUUUACUCAAUGAAUUAUCUACACUGGGGAGAGGCAAAGUGCUGGUACAGUGUGCCUGGUAGUCAAUCCAGUGCUUUUGAGAAGGUGAUGAGAAGCAGUCUUCCUGAUCUUUUUGAUGCACAACCUGAUCUACUUUUUCAGCUUGUUACUAUGCUGAACCCAUCUGUAUUGCAAGAAAAUGGAGUUCCUGUCUACAGUAUACUUCAGGAGCCUGGGAAUUUUGUUAUUACCUUCCCCAGGUCUUACCAUGGAGGUUUCAAUCUUGGUUUAAAUUGUGCAGAGGCAGUCAAUUUUGCUCCUGCUGACUGGCUACCACAUGGUGCUUUUGGAGCUGAUCUCUAUCAGCGGUAUCACAAAACUGCUGUCUUAUCUCACGAGGAGCUUCUUUGUGUAGUAGCCCAGUUUGGUGAAGUUGACGGCAGGGUGUCUUCUUAUUUGAAGAACGAAUUGUUGAGAAUAUCAGUUAAAGAAAAAUCUCGAAGAGAGAAACUUUGGAAAACUGGUAUUAUUAAGUCUUCUCGUAUGGCUCCUCGAAAAUGUCCCCAAUUUGUGGGAACCGAAGAAGAUCCAGCAUGUAUCAUAUGCCAGCAAUAUCUCUAUCUCUCUGCUGUUGUAUGUGGUUGCAGGCCAUCGGCUUUUGUUUGUCUGGAGCACUGGGAACACCUUUGUGAGUGCAAAACUGUUAAAUUGCGUCUUCUCUAUCGUCAUUCACUUGCAGAAUUGUAUGACUUGGCCUAUUCUAUGGACAAAUAUACUUCUGAGGGCAAAGCUGAGUGUAGAAGUGUGAAAAGGCAGCCUUCAUGUCUCAGUGCUUUGACCAAAAAGGUAAAAGGUGGCUCCAUUACUUUUGCUCAACUUGCUACAGAGUGGCUACUGCAAUCUAGUACUAUUCUUCAAAAUGUCUUUUUGCAAGAUGCAUUUGUUACUGCACUAAGGAAAGCUGAACAAUUUCUUUGGGCUGGUUCUGAGAUGGAUUCUGUUCGAGACAUGGUAAGGAAUUUGCUUCAAGCUCAGGAAUGGGCAGAAGGCAUAAGAGACUGUGUAACAAAAAUUGAGUUAUGGUUGUGUCAUCGAGACACUAGUGUAAAGAAAGUUCAUUUAGAAUCCGUUGAUGAGUUGCUGAAAGUUAGUCCUGCACCUUGCAAUGAGCCUUGUUAUCAUAAACUGAAGGAGUAUGCAGAGGAAGCAAGGUUGUUUGUACAGGAGAUUGAUACUGCUUUGUCAAUGUGUUUAAAUAUGUCUGAGUUGGAACUUUUACACUCCAAAGCUUGUGGCUUACCCAUCUACGUGAAAGAAAAUAAGAAAUUGGAAGGAAAAAUUUCUUCAACCAAGGCAUGGCUGGAUAGUGUCAGAAACUGCAUCUCAGCAAGACACCCUGCUGCACUACAUGUUGAUGUUUUUUAUAAACUAAAAGCAGAGUUUUGGGAUCUUCAAGUUCAACUCCCGGAGAUAGAUGUGCUUCAGAAUCUACUAAAUGAAGCUGAAUCUUGUAGUGCUCAAUGUCAUGAUAUGUUAGAAGGACCUAUGAAUCUCAAGAAUGUUAGUUUGCUGCUUAAGGAAUGGGAAAAUUUUGCAGUUGAUGUACCGGAACUCAAGAUUCUAAGGCAAUACCAUUCGGAUACUGUUUCAUGGGUUUCCCACUGUAAUGAUGUUUUAGGGAGAGUUCAUAUGCAAGAAGAUCAGCAUGAUGCAGUUGAUAAAUUGAAUAGUAUUUUUAAAGCAGGUUUAUCUUUGAAAAUUCAAGUUGAUGAGUUGCCAUUGGUUGAGGUUGAGCUGAAGAAGGCUAAUUGUCGGGAAAAGGCUGUGAAGGCGCAUGAUUUUAAGAUGCCUUUGGAAUUCAUCCAGAAACUGUUGAAGGAAGCCACCAUGCUUCAAAUUGAGCAAGAGAAACAAUUUGUCAAUCUAUCUUGCAUGCUUACUGUUACCAUUCCUUGGGAGGAAAGGGCUAGAGAGAUGCUUUCACAUGGGGCUCCUAUUUCGGACUUUGAGGACAUGAUCAGAGCUUCAGAGAACAUAUUUAUUAUUCUUCCUUCACUUAAAGAUGUCAAGGAUGCAUUAUCAGAAGCUAAUUCCUGGUUAAAGAAUUCAAAACCAUAUUUCGUCUCUUCUAUGCAAACUUCUGAUUCUAUGCAGAAAGUUGAGGACUUACAGAUGUUGGUAUCUCAAUCGAAGCAUCUUAAAGUAUCAUUUGAAGAAAGAGGAAUGCUUGAAUUGGUUUUGAAAAACUGCAGAAGAUGGGAGUAUGAAGCAUGUUCUGUACUAGAUGAUGCCCGGUGCUUAUUUGAACUGGAUAACUCUCUGCAUGAAGUAGACAGUGGUUUAAUGUGUAACAUGGAAGAUUUGAUUGUAAGAAUCCAAUCCACCAUAGCAUCGGGUAUAUCACUGGGUUUUGCCUUUAGUGAGAUUUCAAAACUCCAAGCAUCUUGUUCUACGCUGCAGUGGUGCAAAAGGGCCUUGUCUUUCUCCAAUUGCUCUCCUUCUUUAGAGGACGUUUUGGAGGUUGCGGAAGGUCUUUCUCAUUCCUCUAUUUCUGGGGCUCUGUUGAAACUAUUAAUAGGUGGGCUUGAAUGGCUUAGGAAGGCAUUAGAGGCGAUUUCUGGUCCUUACAAUUCUAGAAGAUCCAAGUUGACUGAGAUACAAGCUAUUCUUACUGAUUAUCAGACAAUUAAUAUGACCUUUACAGCAGUAAAUAUUCAACUUGAAGAUGCCGUUGGAAAACAUAAGAUGUGGCAAGAGCAAGUGUGCCAAUUUUUUGGUCUAAGUUUUAGAGAGCGGUCUUGGUCUUCAAUAUUGCAGCUCAAGGAGUAUGGAGAUACCAUUGCCUUUGGUUGCUGUGAACUGGAUUUGGUUUUAUCUGAAGUUAAGAAGGUGGAAAAUUGGAAGAAAACGUGCAUGGAUAAACUAGGAGCUUCAGUGAAAAAUGAAAAUUCGCUACUUCAUGCAUUGGAGAAGAUGGGACAGACUCUAGAUAGAUCAUUGCUUAUGUACGACAAAUUGCAAGAUAUGAAGGAACCAAACCAAUGUAUCUGCUGCUUUGAUGAUUCUGAAGAUCAGGAAUUUCUUACUUGUUCCACUUGUAUGGACUGCUAUCAUGCACAAUGUGUUGGACUAACAGAAAAAGACGUGGCCAUUGAAAACUACCAGUGCCCAUAUUGUGAAAUUCUAAGGGGUGAAUUCUGUUAUCAGAAUGGAGGUGCUCUACUGAGGUUUAAGAAGAAACGUGUUGAACUGAAAGUUCUUACUGAACUCAUGUCUGAGGCCGAAAAUUUUUGUUUAUGGAUUGAUGAAAGAGAUGUUUUGAGUCAACUUGUUGAGAAAGCCCUUCAAUGCAAAUCUUUCUUGAAAGAAAUUGUAAUCCUUGCAUCAGCUAAUGUUGAUCAAGAUAUUUGCAUAAUCUCUGAAAAAUUGGCCACUGUUGUAAAGGCUAGCAACGUGGCUGUUGUCUAUGAUCAGCACGAUACUUGUGAUCUUGAGCUUACUUUGGCAAAAUUCUUGUGGAAAGCUCAAGUCAAUAGAAUAUUAAAUGGUGUACCAAAGCCCACUGUCCAGCGUAUUCAGAAGCAUCUGAAGGAGGGACUGGCUAUGGGCAUAUCACCUGAAGAUCACUAUAUGUUGAAAAUUUCAAAUGUGAAUAGCUUAGGUUUGCAGUGGACAGAACUAGCCAAAAAGGUGGCAUCGGAUUAUGGGGCACUCGGCCUUGAUAAAGUUCUUGAACUUAUAGUGGAAGGUGAAAAGUUGCCUGUUGAUGCGAAUGAGGAACUAAGCUUGUUAAGGGCACGAUGCAUGCUUUAUUGUAUUUGUCGAAAGCCCUUUGAUCCAGAAAGGAUGAUUGCAUGUUGUCGUUGUAAUGAGUGGUAUCACUUCGAUUGCAUGAAAUUGCCAUGCACAAGAGAGGUCUACAUUUGUCCCGCGUGUACCCCAUGUACGGAAGGAUUACCUCCAAACCAUGACAGAUUAACUAGUGGUAAAUUUGAGGAGCCAAAGACCCCGUCUCCCAGGCAUUCAAACCCUAGAAAGAAACAGAAGAGAGACGCACCCAACCUCACUUGCAAUACGUUCGCUACCAGGGAUCAAGAUAGUGAACGUUGGUAUCCGAGUGGGAUAGAAUGUCUAAGGUGGCAAAAUCGAAAGCCUUUCAGAAGAGCAGCUAAGAAACGUGUUGAACUUCGAAGUCUUUCUCCAUUUAUUUGCAUACAAAGAUAGUUGAACAUGGUACACAAUCAUUGAUCAUUAAAUUGAUUCAAUUGAUUUUUAUGGUGUCAUCUAGGUCAUUUUUAAUCCAUCUUAAUGUGAAAAUUUCAUUUUUAGUU